GCGACUCAGCUCAGCUCCACAUGGCACUGUUGUGACUGUCUCGCUAAGGGUCACCAUGGCCAGGCAGUGGUCUGAGGGCCACUUCACCUCCAUCCUGUGUGUUGGAGCUUCUGCGGGCCCUGGGGGCCUCCUCGCUUCAGGCUCUGAGGGGGGAGAGGUGACCGUUUGGAGCCAAGAAGGAACUAUCAUAGGCAGAGUUGCCCUCCCUGGUGAGGAGGACAGCACAAGUGUUGUGUUUUCACCUGCGGCUCCGGGCCAGCUGUACGUGUCACACGGCGACACAGUGAGUGUCCUGGACCCCAGGAACCUGAGGGGCCCCGUGGAGGAGUUUCAGGGUGCAGGGGAGGAGGAGAUCAACGCUUUAGCUCUGAAUGAGACGGGCUCAGCCCUGGCGGUGGCAGACGACUCCGGGGCAGUGCGGGUGCUGGAGCUUCCUGCGGGGAAAGUGUGCAGGACUCUUCGCAGACACACUAACAUCUGCUCCUCUGUGGCUUUCAGGCCUCACAGACCCAACAACCUGGUGUCUGCUGGACUGGACAUGCAGGUGAUGCUGUGGGGUCUGCAGAAGACUCGCCCAAUUUGGAUGCUGAACCUCCAGGACUUAGCGGAGGACGAGGGGGACCAGCAGCAGCGUCCUGGUCAGCUCUUCAACCCGCCACUGGCUCACUGCGUUUCUGUGGCGAGUUGUGGAAACAUUUUGGCCUGCGCGGCCGAGGACGGGCGGGUGCAUCUGAUGCGGAUUGGCAGCGGCUCGAAAUUGGAACAGCAGGGCGCAGUCAAAGCCCACAGUCAGGGAGCCUCACAAGCCCACUUUGUAAGUUUGCCUUCCCACCCAUACUGGCUCGUCACUGGGGGGAAUGACGGCCAGGUUGCCCUGUGGGACCUCAGUAAGCACCCAGUGGUGGCACCAGAGGGAAAUGCCAAAAGUGGAGUGACAGCAGGACAACGCAGGAAGGGUAAGAACAAGACAAAGAAGAAAGAACAAUCCCAGGAUAAAGCAAAGACUGCACCAAAGGCUGAAGCAGAGAAAGAGGAAGCUGAAGUGGAGGAUGAAGCAGCAGCAGCAGCAGCAGCAGCAGCAGAGGACGUGACUGAGGAGAGGUCUGGGCCCAAACUGAGCAUCAGUCAUGGGGACAAGGUGAACUGGCUGUGCCCUGCUGUGCUGAAAGGAGAACAGUGUGUGGUAGUAGCCGAUCAGAGCUGCAGUCUGACUGUCUACCCUCUGUCCCACCUAUAGGUUUAUGCACUUUACACCAUGUUAUAAUUACAUUAGUUUGAUUAGCUUUAUUUUUUUAGGUUAAACGCUUUUUUGAAAUUCUUCAGAUAAUACAAUCCUGUGUGUUGCUGUUAGGAACCUCAUCACAGUCUGUCAGCUGCUGAAAGUAAUGAGCCUCUUCAUAUCACAGUGGAAAAACGGUAUGAUCAUUAACUUUUAAUAGUAUCUUUUGAUGGCAGCCAAGUUAUUAAAGAGCCUAUUAUCUUACACAUGAACUGAAACAAGCCAGGACCACAGGGGAUGAAGGUUUGUACAAGUCUUCACUACUGUGACUGUUGAGAUCUCAGCUGUUAGAAUUAUUCAUCAUGCUCCAAUCUGACACACUUAAUUAAGUCUACAUUUAGUCAGUAAUAGCUGCAGAUUUCACAGCCACCGCGUUGACACAACCAAGACAAUCCAUUAUUUUCAAGUGAAAUGUGAAGAUCUUGCUCUCUUUUAAGUCUAAACUGAGGGCAAGAACCAAAUGUAACCAUUUUGUUUGAUUGGUCUGAACUGUGCAACAGCAGUUGUUAGGUCUUUACAACAGUAAUCAAACCCCACGAAAAAAGGUUAUUCGUAAUGACUUUGAACAAUAUUUAACAAACUAAAUGUGUAGUUAUAGGUCUUAUUUAUUGCCAUCUUCACUCAUUAGUAGGGGUUCAGUUUGUGUGUGGUCUUUUAUAGAGUCUUUGAUGUGGUCCUAUUAAAAAUGUUCUCCUUUGAAAUAUA